CAAAAUCGACGAUCCGACUCGUCUGGCGAAAAAUCGCCAUGCGAGCGAAAUGUGCAAUCCCAUUCUCUCCCUGUCUAUCUGUCUGUGUAACCAUCUUUGCUGGCCUUUUUUCCCAACUUUUUUGGCUUUGAGCUUUUUGGAGAGAGAUUCUAAUCUCCCCUGCUCUGCUCCGCCACCGAUCUUUUGGCCAUUUUACCCUUUCCCCUGCUACUCUGGACACUUUCUCUCUUCCUCUUUCCUUUCCCUUUUUUUCCAGAGUUGCCGAGGGACAAAUGUUAUAGCAGUAAAAGGCAUAGGUAGAUAGAUAGAUAAACUAUUAUAGAUAGAGAUCAGGUUCUGGUUUCAAGAAAUGUACAGAGCUCCAUUCCCGGCUCAGCUCUCUGUUUCCGACCGCCGUGUCAUCGACAACAAUGCCACUGACGUCCGAGUCUAUCAAGUUUGGAAAGGAAGCAAUAAAUUUUUCCUUGGAGGUAGAGUGAUAUUCGGUCCCGAUGUAAGGUCAAUCUUCCUUACGAUAUCUCUGAUUGUGAUCCCGGUCUUAUUAUUUUGCGCUUUCGUUUCUCGAAGAAUCAUUUACGCAUUUGACAACCAUCUUGGCAAACUCAUUAUAUUUAUUCUAAUUCUCCUAACCGUAUAUGAUCUUAUUCUCCUGCUCCUCACCUCCGGGAGAGAUCCUGGCAUUAUUCCACGAAACUCCCAUCCUCCAGAACUGGAGGAAGAUGGUUCCACUAUGUCUACGGAUUGGCUAGGGAGUCAGAGUAGUGCUGGUGUUCCUAAUUUACCACCUACCAAAGAUGUUGUGGUUAAUGGGGUGAUUGUCAAGGUUAAAUACUGCCAAACUUGCAUGCUAUACCGUCCACCGCGUUGCUCUCAUUGCUCUAUAUGCAAUAAUUGUGUUGAGCGUUUCGAUCACCAUUGCCCCUGGGUAGGGCAGUGUAUUGGGAAGAGAAAUUAUAGAUUCUUCUUCAUGUUCGUGUCUUCGACAACCAUACUAUGCCUGUACGUUUUUGUCUUUAGCUGGGUAACCAUUAAGAAAAUAAUGGCUGAAUACGAUUGUAAUCUCUGGAGUGCAUUCUUGAAGUCCCCUGUUUCAGGGAUUCUUAUACUAUAUACAUUUAUGACUGCCUGGUUUGUUGGAGGCCUCACCGUGUUUCACCUCUAUUUGAUUUGUACCAACCAGACAACAUAUGAGAAUUUUCGGUAUCGUUAUGAUUCAAAAAGGAAUCCUUAUAACCGUGGUUGUGUUCGCAACGUUUGUGAGAUAUUCUUGUCCAAAAUUCCCAAGUCUAAAAGUAACUUCAGGGCAAUGGUCAGGGUGGACUCAUCUUCUCUCUUUGGUAGCACAAUGUCAUUGGCACGACCCAUGAGCCCAAAUAUACGGAAAAAAAGCUUUGACAUUGAGACAGGAAAGCGGCAAGCUGUUGUUGCUGAGGAUUUUGAAGAUAUACACAGCCAGAUUGAUAGCGUUGGUGGAUUGGAAAGAUGUGGAACACAACCAAGGCACAUAAUCCAGUGUGAAAAUUCCAAUUGGGAGAUCUCACCCGAUAUAAGUGUGAUGUCUGCUGAGUUUGCAAUGGAACAAGGUUUCAAGGAUAGGGAGAAAGUUUGUAAAAAAGGCCACUAAAGUUGGUUUCACCUAAAUUAUAGUCAGAAAAGAAUAUUAACAAACUUAGAAGUACUUGAAAUUUGCCAAUCCAAUUGGUUGAAAUUGGCAACUGAACAAUGUCACUAAGAUAGUAAUCAUCAGGAUGUUGUUUUUUAGGCUUUUAUUUGUCUUUGCAAGGAAGGAAGGUUCUGGUCUUGGUUAAGGUAUGCAGGGUUCUUGUGAUAAAUCUUAUUGCUUUGAUAGUUGCUUGGGGUAAGUUUUGUGCUAUAAUGUGUUGGUUUGUGAGGAAAUGAGUGGGUGUUUGUAAUUGAUUUGAUAUGUAUGUGAAGGAUAAAUUAAAUCAUCAAUGGUACAAAGGUUUCAUAUACUGUAGAAA